UGGUUGUGCGCUCAGAGCGCUCCCCCUCCCCAGCUCCCCAAAUCCACCCACCCACCCCUUUACCCACUGCUCAGGGCCUUCUGGGUGGCAGCGUUUCACACAGAGAGAAAGGGACAGAGACCAAGGAGCCAGCAACCUAGAGCCCUGGCUGUGGGGGGUGGGGGCUGACUCACUUGGCCCCCUCCCUGGUGCCGAUGGGGCAGCCCCCACACCCCUGGGCGCUGGCACCGAGUCAGGCCCCACAGUUGGGAAGAAGGGAGAUGCGGCUCUACUGUGCCUGACCCGAGUCCGCUGAGGAUGCACCCCGAGCUCAGGGACCUCUUGGUCCCCCGGCCGCCAGGCGAUGUGUAGGCAGCGACCCCGCACAGCAUGCUCACUCCGGCGGCCCCCUGCUAGGGCCAUCCUGGCCAAGGGCCCGCCGGGACGCCCCUGCUCGCCGCGCCCCUCCCCGGGCCGAGGCUCUUCCCCGGAGCCUCGCAGUAUUUCCUUCCUGCACCUUUAAGAAGACCGUUGCUCCGUGGUGGGAUGGUGUGUUAAAGCCACACAGAGGAAGUUACGCAGCCCGGAUCAGACCGGGAGAUAAAAGCCCCGAUGGUGACCGUGAGUGAUGGCAAGAGGAUUUAGCCUCGGCAUUAACUUGGAGCGGAGUGCAGGGGGGCGGUGAGGCGCCCCGCCAUCUGGCCCGCGCCGCGCCAGGGGGGGAUGCUCGGGCGCCUGGACCAGCAGCGGCGAAGCCCACCCGGGCCAGGGGCUGAGUGGGGCGCGCGUGUAGGUCCUCCCCUGGCUGCCCAGGGGCCCCCAAAAGUUUGCACUUGUUAGCAGCGACCUCCCGCUCGGUCCGGGCGGGCUAUGCGGGCGGCGCAGUUGGCCCCCUCCCCUGGCCGGCGUCUCCCGGACGGCUGCGGGCGGGCCCCCUGGCGGCCCGAGGGCUUCCUAGCCCCGAUCUGACGGCGGCCACCGCAGCAGCAGCGCGGGGCAGGAGUGAGCCCACCCAGCACCCACCAGAGGGUGGCGGUCUCCGGCCUCUUGGGGGCUCGCUUCGGGAAGCUGCUCCGAGCCGGGGUGUUGCUGCUAAUGAACACAGUCUCUCUUCUCCCUUCACAAUGAAAGCCAAGCCAGAGCCCAGGUACCUGGAUGGAGUGAGAGCUGAAGUCUCAGGAAUUUCCCAAUGAGUGGCCAAUGGCUACUAGCCAAGGCUGGAGGGCUGUUAUGCAGUCGUGUUGAGCACAUCACACAUUAAGGGCUCUUUAAAGGCCUGGAUUGAUUGGAAGGACAAAAAUUAAAAGCAAUCUGAUCCAGCCCCAUGUCGGAUCCCUUCGGAUUUCCUCCUUAUCCCAUUUCCAUCCACUGUCACAAUUUGAGAGUCUGCCCGAUUUGAUCAGCUUCACCUCCAGGGGAGGUUGUAAUGCCAAGGUUAGGAGGACACCAAGUUACAGGCAACUUUUUGAUCUGCUCAUCAGCAGCCUGAGAAACGCUGGCUCUGGAUUUUCCAUAUCAGCCAUUUGGAGAACACAAGCUCCCACCAUUGGCAAACCUGCAGUGCUCAAGUCUAUGGUACACCCCAGCCACCGUUGCCUGGUAGAUGUGGCAUUUCCAUGCUGAAGCCCCGAGUCCCCCCUGACCCCACGGCCACCUCUCCAGUGCCCCUUUGGGCCCCACCCAUUCCAACUGCGCAGCCAUGCUGCACCUGCUGGCCCUCUUCCUGCACUGCCUUCCGAUGGCCUCUGGGGACUAUGACAUCUGCAAAUCCUGGGUGACCACAGAUGAGGGCCCCACCUGGGAGUUCUACGCUUGCCAGCCCAAAGUGAUGCGCCUGAAGGAUUAUGUCAAGGUGAAAGUGGAGCCCUUGGGCAUCACGUGCGGAGACCCCCCUGAAAGGUUCUGCUCCCAUGAAAACCCUUACCUGUGCAGUAAUGAGUGUGAUGCCUCCAACCCCGACCUGGCCCACCCACCCAGACUUAUGUUUGACAGGGAAGAUGAGGGACUGGCCACCUACUGGCAAAGCGUCACUUGGAGUCGCUACCCCAGUCCCCUGGAGGCCAACAUCACCCUCUCAUGGAACAAGAGCGUGGAGCUGACGGAUGACGUGGUGAUGACUUUCGAGUAUGGCCGGCCUACGGUCAUGGUCCUGGAGAAGUCCCUGGACAAUGGCCGCACCUGGCAGCCCUACCAGUUCUAUGCGGAGGACUGCAUGGAGGCCUUCGGCAUGUCCGCCCGCCGGGCCCGAGACAUGUCACCAUCUAGCGCCCACCGGGUGCUCUGCACAGAGGAGUACUCACGCUGGGCGGGGUCCAAGAAGGAGAAACAUGUGCGCUUCGAGGUAAGGGACCGCUUCGCCAUCUUUGCCGGCCCUGACCUGCGCAACAUGGACAACCUGUACACAAGGCUGGAGAGCGCCAAGGGCCUCAAGGAGUUCUUCACCUUCACCGAUCUGCGCAUGCGGCUGCUUCGCCCUGCGCUGGGCGGCACGUACGUGCAGCGAGAGAACCUCUACAAGUAUUUCUACGCCAUCUCCAAUAUAGAAGUCAUCGGCAGAUGCAAGUGCAACCUGCACGCCAACCUGUGCACAGUGCGCGAGGGCAGCCUGCAGUGCGAGUGUGAACACAACACCACAGGCCCCGACUGUGGCAAGUGCAAGAAGAACUUCCGAACCCGGGCCUGGCGAGCUGGCUCCUACCUGCCGCUGCCCCACGGCUCUCCCAACGCCUGUGCUGCUGCGGGCUCCGCCUUUGGCAGUACCAGCAGGUCCAGCAAAAGCCCUGCCCACAAAGUCUCUAUGGCCCCUGAGGCUACAAGGAGGGGCCCUAUCACUUCUACCCCUUCCACAUCUACCAUCCAAGUCCCUACAGUCCCCAGCAUCCCACAGCCCACAGGGCAGACCAAGCCACCUGCUGUCACCCUGCUUGGGGACAGCUCCCUCUGGCCCCAAGUGUCCACCAGUGCAGAAGCUGUGGCUACCUCGGCUGCUGCCCCCUCUCAAGCCAAGGGCUCCACACUUUUCCAGCUCAAGCCCAGAUCUCCUCAAGUGAUACCCAUUGAAGAAUUUCAAGACUGUGAGUGCUACGGCCACUCCAACCGCUGCAGCUACAUCGACUUCCUGAACGUGGUGACGUGCGUCAGCUGCAAGCACAACACUCGGGGCCAGCACUGCCAACACUGCCGUCUAGGCUACUACCGGAACGGCUCUGCCGAGCUGGACGACGAGAACGUCUGCAUUGAAUGUAACUGUAACCAGAUCGGCUCUGUGCACGACCGUUGCAACGAGACAGGCUUCUGUGAGUGCCGUGAGGGUGCGGUGGGGCCCAAGUGCGACGAUUGCCUUCCCACGCACUACUGGCGCCAGGGAUGCUACCCCAACGUGUGCGACGACGACCAGCUGCUCUGCCUGAACGGCGGCACCUGCCUGCAGAACCAGCGCUGCACCUGCCCGCCCGGCUACACCGGCGUGCGCUGCGAGCAGCCCCGCUGCGACCUCGCUGAUGACGGUGGCCCGGACUGUGACCGCGCGCCGGGCACCGCCCCGCGCCCCGACACCCUGCUCGGAUGCCUGCUGCUGCUCGGGCUAGCCGUCCGCCUGGGCUGCUGAGUCCGCUCUAGGGGUCCGGGGAUCCCGGGCCCGGCGGCGACACGGGUGCGGCCGAGCUCCUCCCAGGUGCUACUUGCAGAGUCCUCCCGCCCUCCCUGCUCCGCCCGCGCUCACCAGCCCCGCCCGGCACUGUCCUCGCCGCCCACAGGGGGCGCUGUGGAGCCCUGGCCCGGCGGACUGAGAUUUUCAGUUUUUUUCUUUUUUAUGACCCAACGACCCUAUCGUUUUUUUCC